CAUUUACAUCAUCGAACUAACACCGACUACAUUUUGGAUUCGAGGCAGUAGGUGUCCUAAUGUAACCACUUUUUUUUCUUUCAAUUCAAAGGAACAAUCUUCUUAUAACACGAAAACUGACAAGCAGGGGCCACGCGUCAGAUCAGACGUGGCAACUAGGUGCGCUAGCGUGGCAACCGACAUAGACAUUCAAUCUUGUUCUAAAAAAAAAGGUAGACAUUCAAUCUCGGUAAUCUCCUUGGCUUUUGUUGGCUUCUUGUGACUUGUAUCUUCCGUAUUGCUUGAUCGUUCAUCCUUCUGUACGUAGAGGCCUCCCGGUUCCGGGUCCUACUCUAUUCCCUUUAUAUCCUUUUAUUACAUCGAUCCCUUGCUUGCUGUCAUGCAUGUCGUCUCACACAAUAUUUUCUUGACUCGAUCUUGCCAACAAUUCCUCACGCAAUACUAUUUUCUUGAUCGUUUGAAUCACGCGCGUUUGAUUUGAUAAUAUAUGAUGGGAGAAUGCACGGCUCACAAAAAGGCCUUUGUGGCCGGCGGAGGCAACAAGGGGCCGGCCGUGAUGCUGAUGGCCGCCAGCGCCAGCCAGCUGCAUACAUAUACAAUUACUAUCAUAUGUAUCUUGUUUCAAAUUAAGUUCUAGAUCCGCAGCAGCAGCAGCAUCUACCACCUAGCAAACUAACACAAGACGAACGCCUGCAUUCACGGCCACCAUGGAUUCCUCUCUGCGACCGACCUCUCGUCGCCAGGAGGACUACUAUGAUGACGAUGACGAUGAUGAAGAUUAUGAAGAGGAAGAGGAGGAUGAGGAGGAAACCGGGGAGAGUUCUCCUGCAGGCUCCUUCGACAUGGAGCUUCACUCCAUGACUGCAAAGGGAAUCAAACACCUGUGCUCCGAGCUCCUGGAAAUAAACAAGGCCUCGCAGGAAGACUUCCAAAGGAAAGUUCAUCUCACUUACCUCUCCUUCCUCAGGUUGUUCCAAGAAGCUGCUGAUUUGGAGAAAGAUGUCGGCCAUCUCAAACAGCAAGCGAUAGCACAGAGGACCCUCAUCCAACAUCUCACCAACAACUUGAUCUACUCUGCUGCGGCUGCCUCCUCCUUAAUACAAGAAGCGGAUCAGUUGGACUUGGAAUUGGAUUCGGAUGCUUGCUCGCCUAGCAUCGUAGUCGUCGAUCCAUUGGACGUUCUUCUAUCCGAGCAGAGGAUGGAGAAAGCCCUGGAGCUCCUGGAAAUGGAAGGUCAGGAGCUAGACAUCGACGACGCCCAAUCGAUGGCGUCCAGCAUGACCGCACUGUCGGCUCGGAAAGCGAGAGUCGCUGAUCGCUUCGCCUCUCUCGCCGGUAACCCGAGGACGCCACACCACGAGCUUCUCCGGGCGCUCUCCGGCCUCUGCCGACUCGGCGACUCUCAACGAGCCAACCAUCUCCUCUUCAAGUUCUACCGUUCGGGUGCUGUCGACCAAAAACUCAUGAUCAGGUGUCCAUCACAGAGAAGAAACUACAUCAAGGAGCUGGCCCGCACGGUCUUCUCUUCCAUCAUCCAAGCGUCAAGAAGCUUCAUCGUGCUCCAUGGGCAACCGUCUCCGGAGCUGAGCCGGUGGGCGAGGGAAGAGAUGGAGGACCUGAGCGUCGCGUUCCAUGAGUAUGUGAGCUCCAUAUCUGAAGCAGAAGCUGCUGAGGGUUUAGUCUUGACGAUCGAAGCUGCCAACUGUGCACUCUCCUACUACUACUGUUCUUCUUCUUCCAUGCUUAGGAUGAUAGUCUUAGAGGAAGAUUUCAUGGCCAUGAUCCAGCCUUCCAUGGAGGAGGUUCUGGCCAUGUAUGCCAAACAUAUGAAGCAGGUUGUCCGGUUGUUGGUUUCUUCCGACGCGUGGGUGCUGGGAAGGUUCCUAAUGUCAGGGAUUCUAAGGAUCCCUCAGGAGGGAACUGAUGAGGAUUACUGCCUACUAACUGCCAGUGGAAGGAAAUUUGUCACCUUGAUACAAGAGGUUGUGGAGGAUGUGUCCCCAUUGUUGCAUCUUGGCAUGAAGAGCUCAGUUCUGCAGCUCCUGGCUGGGUUGUUCACAGAAUACAUGAACUCCGUCCUAGCUGUGGAUGUAGCUGACCAGCAGCAGCAAUACAUGUGGCAACUCUCCUUCCUCAUCAACUGCACAACGCUGGUGUCUUUGUUUCCGAUCAUUGCCCGUGGCGUCUUCAAGAGCAACCGGCUAGCAUCGAGUGAUGAAGCGCCAAAGGAACUCGACAGUCUGAUCUUGUUCAUUAAAGAAGCAGCCGGCCAAGUUUGGACACAAUUCUGCCAGAAAUUCAUACGAGAUACCAUGUCGAUUUUGACGGCUCCCGGAAACAAACCGCCAACAACGAACAUUGGGCAUGUGGUGAUGAUGCCUUGCUCCGCAUUCCAGGUGGUGUUCCUACGGGUGAGGCAGUUGAGUAAUAUGUAUGGUACCAUCUUAGCCAGCAAGGAUGGAACGAUGAAAAAACUGCUGCAGGAGCUGAUGGAGGCCAUCAUUAUGUGGCUUUAUGACAACCUAGAUCCCUGGAUCAAUCAUGCACACAAGAACUCACUUCUCCACCAGAUCCAAUUAGAUGUUCAUUUUCUACUAGAAAUUGCAAAAUUUGGCGGUUUCUCCUCCAACAAUAUCACAAGCAGUGCGCUGGACUUGCUUAGUAAAGCAGAAGAAAAGGUGUCAUCUUUGGAACAAAUUCCUCCGGGCAGUGACGGUGACAUCCCUGUGAAGGCAUGGGCUACCGAUGCCGCAAAACGCGCAGUCCAAGUAUUAUUGGCUGCUGGAAUAAAGAGCUCCAGUUCACAAGAAGAAACAAGUGUUGAAAGUGAAGAUGUAAUCGACGCUGCAGGAGUUGAUAUCUCAACAAGUGCUCAAGAAAGCGACGACGAAGAGAUAAAUGAUAGUGUUGCUGGUUCAAGUCUGACACUGGAUUCUUCGAGCAAUGAGCAUACCGAUUCACUUGCUUUGGGCUGCGAUGAAAGGUCUACCGAUGAUUUCGUAAGCAUUGAAGAUGAUGGCAUGUUACCAGAGAGUCCAUCGGGAAGCACUCAAAUCCUUGAUUCGGAAAAUCACAAGUUGCUGACCAUAGACGUCCUUGGUGAUAGUGCAGAAGGCAACUUGAGUGGAUUAGGAGGCUCGGGGGACACUUCCAUGGAAGAAACUCCGCGUGAUUCACAAGAAGACGAAGAUGAAGAUGAUGAGAGUACCUUGCCGGGUUUGUUGCAGGACAAGAUGAACCGGAUCCCGGUGACCAGUGAACAAAGUAGCAGUGGCAGCAGGAGGCGUCGCGGUGCAGCUGCAGACAGUAAGGGUAGUGGUGGUAGCAGAAAGAAGAGGGAGGACAGUAGGCCAAGAUGGCAAUGAAUGAAGCCCCAUUUUGCGCUCAUCCACAAUUCCAGUUCAGCUGGCUAUGUUGCUCUCAAAAUAUGUGUAUCGGGAUCCGGUUGUGAGUUAUAAAUACCAAAGCCUAUCUAAUAGCAUUGCAAUGCAAGCUUAAUCAUUCUUCAUAUAUAUAGAUAUAGAAUAUGUAGACAUAGUAAAAGUAUGCUGCUAUAUAUACUCCUUAAGAGGUAGAGGAGGAUACAUCAUCAUACCAUCUAUCCAUCAUAUCCGUACAGUACAUGUUGGAACUCAACAGAAGUGAGCUGAUCGAGUGUUUGGUUUAAGUACUCCGAUGAAGCUAAUAGAGAAGAAAAGGGGGAAUGAAUGGAGGAUUGAUUGAGUUG